UAUCUUUAGGGCAGCGCUUGGGCCCUCUAAUUUUGGACAAGGGGCGCAGCGAGAAACCACGGUUCGCGCCGCUCCCGUACACGAUCAGAGCGCGCGCAGUGAAAAACGCCAUGGCGAGUACCACGACCACGAUCAGGACCACAGUGGUCCGGGAGGGACCAACCAUCAAGUUCGUCUCCGUGCAGCAGGGCUUCAUUUCAACGAUAAGUGGCCUGAUGACCGCCAUCGAAAUGGUGUUGGGGAUCAUUGUGUUCUCCUUGGCGAUGCUGUGGCUCACCAGGGGCGCCGUCCUCUUCCUCAUUCUCAUAUCAUUCGCCUUCUGGGUAAUGUCUUUCCUGAUACUCGUCUCGUCGGCAUUUUCUGCUACUGGAACUCUGCUACCGACGACUCUAUUCUACAUGGUGUUCCACGGCACAGCAUUCCUGUUCUACCUGAGCGGCGGCGUUUCAACAAUCAUCAGCAGCUACCACGGCGUCACCAUCGCAGCUGGGGUCCUCGGCCUGGUGGCCUCAAUCUUCCACCUGAUUCACACCGGAUUCGCUUACAAGAAGAAGAUCUGAUCAAGACAGGCCAGUGCGUCCACCGUUCAAUGCUGAUGUCUCACUGCUGAGAACGGUCAGGCAGUCGCGACAAGCGCUCUUGCAUGCAGCGAGGAGAGGAGCUCAGGCCGGCGGUGCCCGUCGGUCAACUUGCUGCAGACUGCGCCGCGCCGAAGCUGUCGGCGACAUGAGUACGCUACGUAGGCAUCAUCUGAGCACAAUGCAUUGUUUUCAUCGGGCAACUAUGAGUCAUGCGUGUAAUACAUGCGCAGGUGCCGGCUUUCGUCGAAGCACUAUAUGUAGAGCGGACAACAAAGCGAAUGUUUAUCGUGCUUCUUGUGCAGUGUGAACCGCGUGUUAUUUUUUUACGUCGCGUCGCAAAAACUAA